CGCUGCCCACCCAAGGAGGCGACCGGCGCUCCUGCCCCGCUGCCGCUCGCUCACUCGCGCACACACGCACACACACACACACAGAGCACACACACCCGUGCGUCUCUCCCUUCCCUCACUCAAGUCAGCGCUCCUGUUUUCAGGUUGCUCAGACCUGAAAUCUAAAGGAAAAAAGCUCCGCGUUCGCGUCGCUGCCGCUGGUGGUGGUAGCGGUGAAGAAGCGAGAGGAUUUUUUUUGUUGUUUUUUGUUUGGUGCUUUUUUUUUUAUUAUUUUCUCUCCCUUGAAUUCAAUGGAUCUGAACUCGGAGUCUUUGGACCUCGGCGGUUUUGGAACAUCUACAUGCUGAUCCUCUUGGUUGUGGCACAUCAGUUCGUUUGGGGAAACCAGCCGGAGACAGCAAGAUGUUGCUCGCUAUCUUGUACUUCGCUGUGCCCUUAGUGGAUGUACUUCUGUCCGCAGAAGUGAGCGGGCUGCCUGGAGGGGACCGCCUGGACUGCGUGAAAGCCAGCGAUCAGUGUCUGAAGGAGCAGAGCUGUAGUACUAAAUACAGGACACUGAGGCAGUGUGUAGCCGGCAAAGAGAGCAACUUCAGCCGGGCCACGGGCCUGGAGGCCAAGGACGAAUGCAAAAGCGCCAUGGAAGCCCUCAAGCAGAAAUCUCUGUACAACUGCCGCUGUAAGAGGGGGAUGAAGAAGGAGAAAAACUGCCUGCGCAUUUACUGGAGCAUGUACCAGAGCUUACAGGGAAAUGACUUGCUUGAAGAUUCCCCCUAUGAGCCAGUUAACAGCAGACUAUCAGACAUAUUCAGGCUAGCACCAAUUGUAUCAGUGGAGCCAGUACUUUCAAAGGGGAACAAUUGCUUGGAUGCAGCAAAAGCUUGUAACCUAAAUGAUACCUGCAAGAGGUUCAGAUCUGCUUACAUUACCCCCUGCACCAGCAGCACGUCUAAUGAAAUCUGUAACAAGCGGAAGUGUCAUAAGGCCCUCCGGCUAUUUUUUGACAAAGUUCCCCCAAAGCACAGCUACGGGAUGCUCUUCUGCUCCUGUCGAGACGUAGCCUGUACAGAAAGGAGACGGCAGACUAUUGUUCCUGUGUGUUCAUAUGAGGACAGGGAGAAACCAAACUGCCUGAAUUUACAAGAAUCCUGCAAGAAGAAUUACAUCUGCAGAUCUCGCCUUGCAGAUUUCUUCACAAACUGCCAGCCCGAGUCACGGUCUGUUAGUAGCUGUCUGAAGGAGAACUAUGCUGACUGCCUCCUCGCUUACUCUGGGCUGAUUGGCACAGUGAUGACACCAAACUACAUAGACUCAAACAGUCUGAGCGUUGCCCCGUGGUGUGACUGCAGCAACAGCGGAAACGACAUAGAUGAAUGCGAGAAAUUUCUGAAUUUCUUCCAGGACAAUACAUGCCUUAAAAAUGCAAUUCAGGCCUUCGGCAAUGGUACUGAUGUGAACGUGUGGCAGCCGAUCUUACCAGUACAGACCACUACAGCCACAACUACAACAGCUUCCAGACUUAAAAACACAGGUUCAGAGACCACCAACAAUGAAAUACCCACCCACAACGAUUCACCAGCAUGUGCAAACCUGCAGGCACAGAAGAAGAGGAAAUCCAAUGAAUCUGUAGACACAGAGCUCUGUCUUAAUGAGAACGCUAUCGGGAAAGACAACACAGCAGGAGUCUCCACCAGUCACAUAUCUUCGGAGAACUCACUGGCUCUUCCUACAAGCUUCUAUCUAAGCACAUCGCUCACUCUGAUGACACUUGCACUCUCACUCUGUUUGUUCCUAAGCUCAUCAGUCGUCUUGUAGCUGCUUUACAAAAAGUAAAAAAAAAAAAAAAAAAAAAAGUCUGUUUCCUGUCCUCUGUUGUUUAUCUGGAAUUCCAGGUCUGGGAGCUAAGCUGAGGCACUCCUGCUAGAACAGUUUCAGUCAGCUGGAAUUUUUUUUCUCUCUCUCUAAAAAGCUUCUUGUGAUAUUUAGAGGCUUUGUGAAAUACUUGGUGCAGUGCUACAUUCCAAACCCAAAAGGCUUUUGGGCAUGCAGUGUUUUAAAGAGACAGUGUGUAAAUUUGCCUGUAAAGCGACCUGGUUGGAUUAUUUUAAUAAUAAUUAUUUUAAUUCUGGCUUUUACCUGAGAAGGAGGAUGGCAGUUUUCUUAAGAUCCUAUUUAUCUCAUUGAAUGGUUUUGGUUUUCAAAUUGGUUGAACUUCAGACUAUCAAGGAUGCCAGGCUUUUGUCUAAUGGUGAAUGUUCUCCCAGAGAGUGGACUUUAUGAAACUUCUUCAUUUGAUAAAUUGCUACUGAUGUUAAACUCUUUCAGUGUAUUAGCAUUUUCCUCUUUAAAUGUUUACAUACUGUAAGUGAUUCUGCGUUCCCUGCUGAGAAGCCAUUAUAAUUCACAUACAGGUAUAAUGUACGUCUUUGAGUUAAAUUCUUAUAGAGUGUGGCAUAGGACUUUCUAACAGUACAUUUAUCUUUUAAUUAUAAUCAUCUAGCCUUAACAAGGGUGAAGAUUCUUUAAAUUAACAAAGAGCAGCCAUUGUGAAAGCUUGAUAAAGAUACAUUUCUUUAAAUUUGAGGAUAAGCGGUAGAAACAAAUUUUGCUACAGGGUUUCAGCUGUACAGUCUAUGGUCUUCUAUGCUUCCAUUGUGAUAAUAUAGUCCAGUUAUUAUACUGUUUGUUUAAUAAAAAAUUGCAUACAAUUAA